AUGUCACUUCCUAAUGUUUUAGUCGUCGGUGCAGGUGGUGUUGGAACCAUAGCUGCAUUGGCCCUUACCAUAAAUAAAAAAUGUGACGUAACUCUUGUUGUUAGGUCCGACUACGAACACGUUAUUAAGUAUGGCUAUGAUAUUGAUUCCGUAACCUAUGGUAAGAUAAAUAAUUGGAAGCCUCCACAUGUCACUAAGACUGUUCAAGAUGCCGUCACCAAGUUCGGAGAAUUCGACUACAUUGUACUCACUACAAAGAAUAUUCCAGAUGGUGGGUUGACCUGUGAGGAUAUUAUUAGACCAGCUGUUACUGAGAAAAGGACAACCAUAAUUUUGGUGCAAAAUGGAAUGGGUAUUGAAAAACCCAUGCAAGAGCAAUUCCCAGAUAACGUAGUCUUAAGUGACAUUCAAUUCAUUGGUUCAACUAAUUUAAAUUGCAAGGUCCAUAAUCUGCACAAGGACCAAUCAUUUGUGGGGAUUUUUGAGAACAAGAACCAUCCAAAUCCUGAAGAAUAUUAUGAGAGAGCCGAUGCGAAGGUGAAAGAGUUCAUGGAGUUAUAUCAACAUGAAGACGAGGCGAUCAAUAAGGUGAACUUUGAUGCAAAUGUAAAGAAGUCAAGAUGGGAAAAGUUGAUCUACAAUUCAGCUUUGAACACUGUUACUGCACUUGUUGACUUGGAUGUCAAUAGAUGCCAAAUUGCAUCUGCCAAUGAAACACUCUUUAGACCUGCAAUGGAUGAAAUUAUAAAGAUUGCAGCAAGUGAUGGUGUCACUCUCGAACCAUCAUCCAAGGAUAAGUUUAUUCACAUUGGUGACGGAUUAUUUUAUUCCCCUUCCAUGUUGGUGGAUCAUAGAAAGGGACAACUUAUGGAGUUGGAGAUUAUCUUAGGGAAUCCAUUGAUAGUUGCGAAGGAGAACAACGUUGACGCUCCAAUUUUACUGGUCCUUUAUAACUUGUUGACUUUAGUCCAAUUUAAAAUUAAAGAACAGAGAGGAGUGAUUAAAAUAGAUGAAGAUGACUAUAAAAGGAUAGAUUCAGACAAGUACCCAAGAAUUUUUGCUGAAGCACAGAAAGAAAUUUUGGAAUAG